CCUGCCGCACAAUGAAUGGCCGCUGAGCGCGGCGGCCCCGGGAGCGGCUCCGGCAGCGGCCGCGGCCCCAGCGCAGCGCCCCCGGCCCCCGGCCCCGCCCGGCGCCCGCCAUGGCGCAGACGCUGCAGAUGGAGAUCCCCAACUUCGGCAACAGCAUCCUGGAGUGCCUGAACGAGCAGCGCCUGCAGGGGCUCUUCUGCGACGUCUCCGUGGUGGUCAAGGGCCACGCGUUCAAGGCGCACCGCGCCGUGCUGGCCGCCAGCAGCUCCUACUUCCGAGACCUCUUCCACAGCUCCAAGAGCGCCGUGGUGGAGCUGCCGGCCGCCGUGCAGCCGCAGAGCUUCCAGCAGAUCCUCAGCUUCUGCUACACCGGCCGGCUCAGCAUGAACGUGGGCGACCAGUUCCUGCUGAUGUACACGGCGGGCUUCCUGCAGAUCCAGGAGAUCAUGGAGAAGGGCACCGAGUUCUUCCUCAAGGUCCGUGUUGGGUGCGGGGGGUUCAAGGGGCAGGGGGGAGUGGGCGAU